AAAACCAAAAGAAAUGCAAGGAUGCCUGUCCUAGAAAAACCCACCCAGAAGAUAGCGAAAGAUGCAUGCAGCAAAGAUGAGACUACAUUGCCCAAGCUUCCUGUCCCUCCACUGCACCAGACCCUACACAUGUACUUAAACUGCAAUAAACACUUGGUGCCAGAGGGGCAAUUUAGGAAGACUGAGGCCAUAGUGGAACAAUUUGGAGGUACAGAAGGCUUAGGAGAAUUGUUACAGCAAAAACUUCUAGAAAGAAGAGAGAAGUCUGGAAACUGGGUGUUUGACUACUGGUUGGAUGACAUGUAUCUCAACAAUCGGUUGGCUCUCCCAGUAAAUUCCAGUCCAGCAAUUAUCUUUCCUCAUCAGUAUUUCAAGGAUGUAAAUGACCAACUAAGGUUUGCAGCCAAUCUCAUUUCUGGAGUGCUUGAUUAUAAAGCUUUAUUGGAUUCCCAUGCUUUACCUGUUGAUUUUGCUCGUGGACAACUGUCUGGUCAGCCUCUCUGUAUGAAGCAAUACUAUGGACUCUUUUCUUCCUAUCGUCUUCCAGGACAUACCAAAGACACUCUUGUGGCCCAGAAAAGUAGUGUAAUGCCAGAACCAGAGCACAUCAUUGUUGCUUGUAACAAUCAGUUCUUUGUUUUGGAUGUUGUCAUUAAUUUCCGCCGUCUUAGUGAGGGAGAUCUGUUCACUCAGUUACGAAAGAUAGUAAAAAUGGCAGAGAACGAAGAAGAGAGGCUGCCUCCUAUUGGUCUACUGACAACAGAUGGAAGAACAGAAUGGGCAGAAGCCAGGACAAUCCUAAUGAAAGACUCUACCAAUCGAGAUUCUCUUGACAUGAUUGAACGCUGUAUGUGCCUGGUAUGCCUGGACAGCCCAAGUGGGAUGGAAAUCAAUGACACAAACAUGGCUUUGCAACUCCUACAUGGCGGAGGCGAUGAUAAAAAUGGUGCCAAUCGCUGGUAUGACAAACCCAUGCAGUUUGUAGUGGGAAGAGAUGGAGUGUGUGGUACUGUGUGCGAACACUCUCCUUUUGAUGGGAUCGUCCUGGUACAAUGCACCGAACAUUUGCUCAAGCACAUGAAGGAAAGCUGUAAGAAGUUAAUCAGAGCUGAUUCUGUGAGUGAGCUUCCUGCUCCACGGCGAUUAAGAUGGAAAUGUUCUCCAGAAGUUCAGGGACACAUAGCUUCAGCAGCAGAAAAACUUCAAAGGAUAGUAAAGAAUCUAGAUUUUAUUGCUUAUAACUUUGAAUACUAUGGAAAAGAGUUUAUCAAGAAACAAAAGAUUAGCCCAGAUGCCUACAUUCAAGUAGCACUUCAGCUAGCCUUUUACAGAUGCCACGGGAGACUUGUUCCCACCUAUGAAAGUGCUUCUAUAAGGCGAUUUGAAGAGGGGAGAGUUGACAAUAUUAGGUCUGCUACUUCAGAAGCUUUAGCUUUUGUAAAAGCAAUGAUUGAAGAAAAGUCUUCUCUAUCGGAUUCUGAGAAGAUACAGCGAUUUAAAGAUGCAAUCACAGCUCAAACUAAUUACACUGUUUUGGCUAUUACUGGAAUGGCAAUAGACAAUCAUUUGUUAGGGCUAAGAGAAAUGGCACGGGAACACUUCAAGGAACUGCCAGAGAUAUUUACAGAUGAGACAUAUUUGACAAGCAAUCGAUUUAUCCUUUCAACCAGCCAGGUUCCAACCACAAUGGAAACGUUCUGCUGUUAUGGGCCUGUAGUUCCCAAUGGUUAUGGUGCAUGUUAUAACCCACAGCCAGAGCAUAUAUUAUUCUGCAUCUCAAGUUUUAAAGGCUGUAGAGAGACCUCCUCAGUCACAUUUGCUAAAGCUGUGGAAGAAAGUCUCAUUGAAAUAAGAGAUCUGUGCAACAAGUGCAACUCUGCUGUAGCAAAACCACUGGCUAAACAAGAAACUGCUGCAAAAUGUCAUAAUGACCAUAAGCGCUAACCGUCCAUGUGACCUGAACUGUUUCCUUUCCCCUGCCCUGCAAUUAUUUAUGAAGCUAUUACCAGAAACAUUUCAUUGUAGAAGAAAAACAUGUUUUAUUUUGGGUAUGGAUGCUGCUAACAUUUAUCUAGAAAAUAAGCUAGAAAAGCGCUGAAGUUUCCAGUUUUUGCCCAAUAAUCAGCAAUAAGGUUUGGUUUGAUUAGCUUAACAGAAGAUAACAAUAAUAUGGAUACAUGCUGGACCAUCACUUCUUUUCUAUCAAAUAUCUAAUGAGUUUAACUGUUUUAGUAUAGGACCAGAAUUAAGCAUCAAAAUUGUGACACCAAGACACUCUGAAGGGUAGUAUUUCUUAGCAAAUCUAACAGAUUCAUGCAUAGUCUUGCAGGUUUUGCAUAUAAGCAAAAACAAGUUCCUGUAUGUUUUUUCACCACCGAGUGCUACAUGCAAUAUGCUAUUGAGUGAGUGCUGUUAAACCUUUAAAAUUUUGCUUUUGCUAAGUACUUAACAUUACCAAGGUAUUCUCUAUGUACAGGGAAUAUCAUUAGCCGUGGUAAUGUUGCCUGCUUCCAAAAGCAAAAUGGUAUGGGUUUUUUUUAAUGGCGACUGAUGUUUAGUUUUAUAAGCACCCACAAAUUUGAAGUAAAUUCUGAAAGAUGCCUUGAAAGAUGAAUAAUAUUGCCUUGGCUCCUGUUCAUACAUGCUGCAAAAGCAGCAUUAACCUAUAUUUAAACCCAAGUACUACAUCAUCAAAUAACUGUUACUAGUAAAAGCCAAAGUAGUAACUGACAUUUGCAUUGAGUUCUACACUGAGAGCAGAAUAUCUUUUGCCCUAAAUUAAUUUCCUUCAUUAUAUCCUUCUAUAACUAGGUGAUAUUCAGCCCUUUGUGCCCAGCAUAAGGCCUGCAAAUCUUUUAUUUCCACCUUUUUCUCUACACAGGGAUGAUUCACUGUGACUAGCAAGAGUCAUAUACAAACUUAAGAAAUUAGAGUGCUGCAAAAAAAGCAAACAUUUAGAGGUGCUGUGCAAGAUGAGGUAGUCCCCAUUAUAUGAACUACAGACAUGCUCAAAGUUUGAGAGUACAUAUCAGUCAUUGCAGCUUCUGAUCAUCCCAUGUUUUCUUUUCUUAUUUUAUUUACUAUUAAGGUUACCAUAUUUCCAGUUC